AUGACUGAAGAAAUAAGAUUAAACUCAUCUAAAUUAGGAAGUCAAGAAUAUUGGAAUAAUUUCUACAAAAAAGAACAAGAGAAUUUCAAUGAAAAUGAUGAAGACACAGGAGAAUGCUGGUUUGACGACUCCGACGCUGAAUCCAAAAUGAUUCAAUUUAUAAUCGAUAAGCUAAAUGAUGAAGAGUUGCCUGAAGAAAUAAGUUCUCAAUCAGUUAUCAGAUUUUUAGAUUUGGGUACAGGGAAUGGCCAUUUACUAUUUCAACUUCUGGAAGACAUAAAUGAAGAAAAUGAAGGCGAUAAAACCUUUGAAUAUAUAGGGAUUGAUUAUUCACCGGAUUCCGUAGAAUUUGCUAAAGGAGUUGCUAAAAGAAAGCAUUCUGAGUUAAAAGUCAAUUUUGAUCAAGUUGACUUGUUGCAAGUGAAUUGUUCAUUUUUGCAAAACAAAUUUGACAUAUUGCUAGAUAAAGGUACUCUAGAUGCCAUUGCCCUUAAUCAAGACCCGUUGGCUGACUUCAAUGGAAAGAUAGGGAUGGAUGUCUACGCUUCUCAAGUUGAAAAGAUGAUGGUAAAAGGAUCUAUUCUAUUGAUAACGUCAUGUAAUUUUACAAAAGACGAACUUAUUAAAAUUAUUACAAAAGAUACAAAAUUGGAAGUCUGGGAUGAGAUAAAUUAUCCAAGUUUCCAAUUUGGUGGUGUCAAGGGCUCUACAGUUGUGAGCAUUGCAUUUGUUAGAAACUAA